UCUAAAACAAACCCUCUCUGCCUCGGUGCCUCCCUUCAAUUUCAACUUUCCUUUCCGACUUUCCGUCGUUCACUUCUUCAUUCCUUUGCAUCCCUUUGAAUUCGAAUCAAUCCCUUAUUAGGUGAGGGAGACUCUUCUUCAAAUCUUUGAUUAUUUGAGUAUUUGAAGAUUUGUGCCAAUGCUAUUUGAAAUAUUGUUUCAGUGAAGUGAAGUGGACGAUUUGAGACCAAGUUGUAUUUGGAUUUCAAGAAUAACUUUCAGAAAUUGAGAUCAACUUCGAGAUCAUCAAGCAGAAUUGUUGGAGCAAUUGUUAGAGAGUGGUGAAGUUGAAAGUGGGAAAGGAUUAAAUCAAGAGCGAGGGCUUCAAAGGCCAGGUUUCACUCGUUGGGAAUCACAUUUUAAAGCAUUGGAUAACUUUAUUUUAUUUUCUUCUAUUGUUCAUGUGCUUGGGGUGAUUGAAUGUGAAGGUGAUGUUAAUGAUAGGUUGCAAGCCGAAGCUUUUUUGAGUAAAAUUGAAGCAUUUGAAAUUUGUUUUCUUGCUUCACUUAAUGUUGAAAAUGUUGAUAAUGUCAAACGAGUUGAGCAAAGCUUUACGGAAGAAAGAUCAAGAUAUUGUCAAUGCUAUGGUAUUUCUUGAUAACACAAAGGAAAGGUUGCAAGAAAUGAGAGAUAAAGGAUGGGAACCAUUGAUGGAUAAAGUAUAUUUAUUUUGUGCAAAACAUGAUAUUUUAGUGCCUAAGAUGGAAGAAUUCUAUAUUCCUGGAAAGUCGAAGCGUAGGCCUUCUAGUGUUACUUAUUCACCUCACUUACGUGUUGAGCUUUUUUAUGCCGUGAUUGAUUUGCAACUUCUGGAGCUUAAUAGUCGUUUUGAUGUUAUGAGUAGUAACCUGCUUCUUGGUAUGGCUAGUUUGAAUCCGGCUAACUCAUUCGCUAAUUUUGAUAAGGAAAGAAUAAUAACAUUGGCCAAGCAUUAUCCCGAUGAGUUUGGUGAAUUGAAGCUUCAAGAUCUUAGUCGCCAACUUGACACUUUCAUAUGGCACAUGCAACAUGGUGACCCUAGGUUCUCUGGUUUGAAAGGAAUUGGUGAUUUGGUAAAAGCAUUGGUUGAGGCAAAUCUUGUGGAGACUUAUUCACUUAUUUAUUUGCUUGUGAAGUUGACUUUAAUUUUACCUGUCGCAACUGCAAUGGUGGAAAGAGUGUUCUCAUACAUGAAGUACAUCAAAGAUGAAUUGCGUAGUAGUAUUAGUGAUGCAUUUUUAAAUGAUUGUUUAGUUUGUUACUUUGAGAAGGAAGUAUUUGUAAAUAUAAGAUAUGAUGCUAUUAUUGACUGUUUUCAAAACGUGGAAGCAUGUCGAGUUCAACUAUGAGUGGACAAUGCACUUUUGUUAUAUUAGUAUCAAGUUAAUGGUAUUUGAUAAUAAUGAUGUUUUUAUUUUGAUGAUAAAUUAUCAUAGUCAUUUUAAAGAGUUACACCCGAACUUUAUCGUUGGUGAUUGGCAUACUAAAGACAAUGGUGCCCCCGUUAUGCUUAAAUUCUGGGUCCGCCUCUGCUUCUAGAUGUAGAUAGAAUUAUAUUAAAACAUGCUCCAAAAAAUGAUAUGAUGACUUCGCCAAAAAUUCAAAAGGAUAUUGUGAGUGCUUGUGCACAAGAGAUCGUGAAAGCUAUAAUUGAUGACUUGGACGGAGAUUAUUUUGGGAUAUUAGUUGAUGAGUCCAAGGAUAUCUCACAUCAUGAACAAAUGGCCCUUGCUUUUCGGUAUGUUGACAAAAAAGGCCAAGUGAACGAGCCAUUUAUUAGUCUUGUUCGUGUUAGUGAUACAUCUGCAAAGUCGUUGAAAGAAGCAGUACUUUCUUUGCUAAUGAAACACUCAUUAAAUCCAUCCAAAAUACGUGGACAAGGCUAUGAUGGGAAUAGUAAUAUGCAGGGAAAGAUGAAUGGUCUUAAAGCAUUAAUUUUGCAAGAAACUCCAUCGGCAUUUUCCGUUCAUUGUUUUGCAUAUAGAUUACAGUUGACGCUUGUAGGUAUUGCUAAAAAACACA